GCGUUACCAAGCUCACGUGACUCCAGUAACACGUGACAGUGUAUACACAGGCAUCAUGGCUGCAGCACCACAACCUGUCUACUGGCUGGGUAAUGAGACCCUGAGGGUGUCGGCUGCCCUUUUUGCCGAGAACCGUGGAAGACUGUGCCAGGGACUGAAAGCCAAAGACGGUGUGGUGCCAAAGUCGGUGGUGGUGCUGCAGGGUGGAGAGCAGAAGCAGAGGUACUGCACAGACACAGACGUUCUCUUCAGGCAGGAGUCUUUCUUCCACUGGGCGUUUGGAGUGACUGAGCCUGACUGCUACGGAGCCAUUGAUGUGGACUCUGGGAAAUCCAUUCUUUUUGUUCCUAAACUGCCUGAAAGCUAUGCUACUUGGAUGGGAGAGAUCUUUCCUAAAGAGCAUUUCAAGACGAAGUAUGCUGUUGAUGAGGUGCAGUACACCUGUGACAUCGCUGAUGUUCUGUCCAACCUGAAACCAGCCGUUCUCCUUACACUGCGAGGACAGAACACAGAUAGUGGGAGCAUCAGCCGGGAAGCCUCCUUUGAAGGAAUCAGUAGCUUCCAAGUGAACAACACCCUUUUACAUCCAGUCAUUGUGGAAUGUCGUCUCAUUAAGACUGAUAUGGAGCUGGAGGUCCUGCGCUAUACCAACAGGGUUUCCAGUGAAGCUCACAAAAUGAUCAUGAAGCAUGUGAAACCUGGACAAAAAGAAUAUGAAAUGGAGAGUCUUUUCCAGCAUUAUUGCUACACCAAGGGAGGGAUGCGCCACACCUCAUACACCUGCAUCUGUGGAACGGGCAACAAUUCCUCUGUUCUCCACUAUGGCCAUGCUGGGGCUCCAAAUGACAAGAUGAUUGAAGAUGGAGACAUGUGUCUGUUUGACAUGGGUGGAGAGUACUACUGCUACAGCUCAGACAUCACCUGUUCUUUCCCAGCCAACGGCAAGUUCACUCCAGAUCAAAGGGCCAUCUAUGAGGCCGUCCUGAAAUCCUCCCGCACCGUCAUGGCUGCCAUCAAACCAGAUGUGAAGUGGAGCGCCAUGCACCGCCUUGCUGACAAGGUUCACCUGGAGGAGCUUGUGAAGAUUGGCAUCCUGCAUGGCAGCGUUGAGGACAUGAUGAAGGUCCACAUGGGCUCUGUCUUCAUGCCCCAUGGCCUCGGACACCUGCUGGGCAUCGACGUUCAUGAUGUGGGAGGUUACCCUGAGGGGGUUGAGCGCAUUAACGAGCCUGGACUGAGGAGCCUUCGCAUGGGCCGUCUGGUCCAGGAGAGGAUGGUCCUCACCGUGGAGCCUGGCAUAUACUUUAUCAACCACCUGCUGGACCAGGCCCUGGCCAACCCUGCUCAGAGCUGCUUCAUCAACAACCAAGUGCUGGCUCGCUUCCGGGGCUUCGGAGGGGUCCGCAUUGAAGAUGACAUAGCUGUGACAGCAGAUGGCAUUGAGCUGCUGACCUGCGUCCCUCGCACUGUGGAAGAGAUUGAGGCUUUCAUGGCUGAUUCUGCAAAAGCCUUCAGCCCAGUGGCCAGUUCCCAAAAGUAAAAGUAAUGAAGAACAUCUGUAAAGCCUGAGCUGUGUGCUGCAGUAUGAUUAACUAUCACAUAUUCAUCAAUAAAACUCAGAUGUCUGUAUUUUAAAUGUUACAUGCAGUAAGGAUCUUCAUACAACAUUAUGAUUCUCAUAAGUACGCCUUCUAUAAUAAAUACACCAGACCGUGAUGGAUUAAAUAUUUUAUGCCUUCUCAGAAAAGUAAUUUUUGAAAAAUAUUUUUUUCUAAAAACACUUAAUUCAUUCACGGUUUCUUUGUAAACAUUUAUUCAAACAAAUUUUGUGAAACUUAAUUAAAACUUUUUGAUUUGCAACUA